AUGUCGAGCUCUGAGGCGUCAACACGUUCCGAGAUCCGUUCCGUACUCGUUCGUCAUUGGCGUACAUUGGACAGAGCUCGACUUCAUACAUUGCACCUAUGGAUGUUAAUCUAUGCUGUUGCACAAAUAUUUAUUGUUUAUUAUUUUAGUGAAGUUAGUGAGAUUCUUCUACCGGUGGAAAAGGAUCGUUCAUUAUCAGUGAUGAACAAGGAUGAGGUGAAACAGUGGGCUCCAGUAUGUUUUGGUAUUGCAGCCAUAUUCGUUGUUUACUUACUAGUCAGCAGUUUUUCUAUUAGAUUUCGUGAUCAGAGUAGUGGAUUCGGCCUGGUUCUCUUCUCUCUGGUGACGUCAAUGAUUUUUCCAGCUUUCAUUUGGGUUCUUCACCUUCCACUUGUCGUUUUUGUAGCCAGAGAACGCGUACAUCUGAAUAUGUACGAUCACUCAUCACUCUAUACGGGAUUAUGUAUAGCCACAGUAGUACAAUUUUUCGUCUUACCACGACAUCGUCGUAUAUUUUUAAUUCUUUCUCUAUUAUGGGUAGCAAUAAGUAUGUCUAUACUUCUCAUAAUUAAUUGGGAUGCAAUUCGAGCCGACUACACAUUUAUUUGCUCACUCAUAUCAUUCCUACUACAACAGCUGAUGAUCAGUUGUGUCGGGAUCGUAUCCGAUUCGAAUGAAGCAGGGAACCGAGCCGAUAUCGCGAUGAAACUCACUGAAGCGGUCUACCGGAGAACAGAGCUGGAAACGCUUAAGGACAGGCAGGAUCAGCUGUUACUCUCAGUGAUACCUGCGUAUCUAACUGAUAAAGUUAGUAAAAGUAUCAUUCAAUCGAGUAGUACAGCUUCGAGGAUCAAUUCCAAGCAUCAUAAGCUGUUCCAUGAUCUUCACGUUCAAGUGCAUGACAAUGUCAGUAUUUUAUUCGCUGACAUUGUCAACUUCACCGUGCUCGCUGCUCAACUGACUGCGAAAGAUCUCGUACGAACAUUGAAUGAAUUGUACAGUAAAUUCGAUAAAGAUGCGCAGAAACUCCAAUGUAUGCGUAUCAAAUUCCUUGGCGACUGUUAUUACUGUGUCUCCGGUAUGCCGGUGAAUCGUCCAAAUCAUGCGGAUAUGUGUGUUGUGAUGGGUCUUGAAAUGAUUAAAACGAUCAAGCAAAUCCGCCUUGCCACUGGUGUUGACGUAAAUAUGCGUAUCGGUGUUCAUACAGGAUCCGUUCUCUGUGGUAUUCUGGGAUUACGAAAAUGGCAAUUUGAUAUUUGGAGUGACGAUGUGACCUUGGCAAAUCAUAUGGAAUCGGCUGGUGUUCCUGGUGCUGUACAUAUUACAAAAACCACAAAGGACAUGUUGCUUGGGGAUUAUCGAAUUGUCGAAGCAAAAUCUGAUGAUCCACACAUACUGGCCUACGGUGAACCGACCUAUCAUAUUCUUCCGGAUAAAACGUCAGUCCUUGAGAGGACCGCUUCUAUCUACAGGAAUAGGCGAACUAUUGAUCUCUGCGACGGCGACAAAUCGAUUGGACUUUCGAACAAUGCGGUAGCGUUGCAGUGCCGACAUAGUAUGAAGGCUAAGGUGUCAAAAAUGGUGGAAUUUUGGGGUGCUGAAACACCGUUCGCGAAUUUUAAUCGCAAAAAAUCAUCGACAUGCUACGAACCUGGGCUAAUAGUGGAUGAUACACCUCGACGUCCAAACUACAGUAAUACUAUUCAGUCGAUGACUUUGAUUGAGAACAGUUUGACGAAUUUUUCAUUGAACAACAUCAAUAACAUGUUCAAUUGCCGGCAUCCAAAAAGUCAAGUGUCACCGUAUUUGCUGUGGCCAUUCAGUAACAAAGCAAUUUUGUGCAAUUUUUCUGACUGUAUGCUUUUUCUGUUUCUUUCUCUGCCAGCUGCUUUUGCAAAUAUUAUGGUGUGUCGACUUUACUGUCCGGCAGAAGUUCAACACACGACGGGUCUACAGCAGUUUUUCACUCUACUGGUUCUUAUUAUUCUAUCCUUAUUUGAUCGUAUCUGUCCCUAUGCUCAUGCGCUUCUCACUAGCACUUCGUUUGUGAUCUCUUCUUUCAUUGCAAUUGGACCACAUAUGAUCAUCGCGAAAUCUGAUCUUCGUGAAGUGGAACCAUUCACUUCAAUGGUAUUUAUGCCCGCCUGUGUCUCUCAUAUUACAUCAGUAUUUCUGCUCUAUCGUAUACCGUAUUCCUAUCGUUGUAUUCUUUUCACAAUAGAUUUUGUUAUAUUUGAGAUCUUACUGUCGAUCUUUCCCGUUUACGGUGCAACACCAGCCCAAAGUUUUUUGAGCUAUCAACUCACUACAGUAGCUAUAAACCUAUCAUUUCUCUUGGUACUGGUGCUAUUUAUCGACUGGAUUACAAACUAUGAAAGAAAAGCAGAAAACGCCUGUAAUGUUUCAUUCCAAAACGAGGAACGAGAUGUGGAAACAAUGCAAGACAUAAACAAACUCCUCAUCGAGAAUAUUCUUCCAAGCAGUGUUGCGGCGAAAUUUUUAGCGCCUGAUAGGCCUGUGAAUGAUUUGUACGCACGUCAACAUGAAAAUGUAUGUGUGAUGUUCGCAUCAAUACCGAAUUUCAAGGAUUUCUGGAGUCAAUGGGAUACUAGUCGAAAAUUAGAGUGUCUUCGACUACUGAAUGAGAUUGUUUGCGAAUUUGACAAGCUCCUUUCAAAGCCGAAAUUUUCAUCAAUUGAAAAGAUUAAAACAGUGGGCAGUACGUACAUGGCGGCCGCAGGACUCAAUGAAAUGGAAGGCGAUAUCGAUGACUAUGAAUUCACCGAUGACAACGAUAAAAACGUCAACGACAGCAGUAAUGCUAUUGUAAACAACAACAAUACUGAUGGACAUAAGGGGAAUCUAAAUAUGAAGAUGUACCGUAAUGCUACAAUGAUGGUGGAAUUCGCCUUGGCAAUGUCACAAAUUCUCGAUCAAUUGAACCGUGACUCAUUCCAGAAUUUCGAAUUGCGAAUAGGAAUGAGCGUUGGUCCUUUGGUGGCCGGUGUUAUUGGAGCGCAAAAACCUCAAUACGACAUUUGGGGAAACACCGUGAAUCUCGCCAGUCGUAUGGAUACCCAUGGGGAACCACGGAGAAUACAUGUGACCACAGGAAUGGGUGAAAUAUUACGUCGUGGUGGAUAUCGAGUACAAAGUCGUGGAAAAAUUAAAGUGAAAGGCGUAAAAGAACCAAUGGAAACAUUUCUACUGGAAAUCGACUCAAAACGAAACUCAUCCGUAUCGAAUGUCUCCAAUCAUCCGAGUUCAUCAUGA